AUGCCUUUUCCAUUCAGGCAUAUUUGCGAUCUAUUGCAAAGACUAGAAGACGAGGUGAAGCUGGCGAAGAAGCCGACGUCUUCGAGCCAGACCAUUAUCCAAGAAUGGUUUCGCGAACACCGCGUGCGCUUAGACGCCCCUGACGUCGAUGUCUCCUCAAUCCUAUCAACUCUUCUUCCUGAGCGGAGAACAGAUCGCGUCUAUGGUAUUCAGGUCCUCACCCUUGAAGGGAUUUUCGGAAGCGCUCAGUCACUAGCGGCUGCGCGAUUAAGGAUACUGCGCCAGUACAAGACCCCAGGCAUAGGUCAUGACCUUGGGGACUGUGUAGAGAAUAUUCUGAAUAUCACACCAAAUGCCAAGCAAGCAAUCGAAGUUACAGUAGAGGAAAUCGACGAAACGCUACACCGGCUGGCGGCAGCAUGUCGGUUCAGUUCUCCAGCAGUAAAAGGCUAUGAUGCCACAGGAGCUCCUAAAGCGGAUAAAAAUGACCUCAAACAAUUUUACCAGCGCCUCACUGCACGCGACGCAAAGUGGUUCACCCGGCUGGUAUUGAAGAACUAUCAACCGGUUGCUCUGGAUGGCAAUGUCGUACUCAGGGCAUAUCAUCCUUCAUUACCGCAAUUAUUAAGCGUUCAGGAGGACUUCUCAAAGGCAGCGUCGCUGAUCCAAGAUCUGAAGCAAUCGUCUAAGGGCCAUGUCUCACGCGAGAUGUUGAAGCCUGUGCUGGGUACCAAGGUUGGAAGGCAACCCUGGAUCAAGGGCAGAAGCAUCAAGCAUUGCGCAGACAUGAUAGGAAAACGGCAGAUAAGUUGUGAGCAAAAAAUUGAUGGUGAAUACUGUCAGAUCCACGUCGAUCUGCGCAAGCCAGUACGGAACGCUAUCCAGAUUUUCUCCAAGAGUGGAAAGGACAGUACCAAAGACCGCGAAGGUCUCCACAGUGCAAUACGUGACUCGCUGAAGCUUGGCCAGCAAGAUUGCAAACUUAACGCUGGCUGCAUCCUGGAAGGAGAACUGGUAGUUUAUAGCACCAAGUAUCAAAAAAUAAUGCCAUUUCAUAAAAUCCGGAAACACGUUUCGCGGUCCGGCUCGUUCCUCGGGACAUUGGCCGAUUCUCAGCGUCACUAUCACGAACACUUAAUGAUCAUUUACUACGAUGUACUGAUGGUUGAUGAUCAAUCACUAUUAGAGGGCUUUGCCGAAUUUGUGAAAAGGCAAAUUAUCCCCUACUCUGGCCGCGAUGCGUCGCAGCGUCUGAGAGAGUUAUUUGCGAAGUGCAUCACAACGAACGGAGAGGGCCUAGUCCUCAAGCCAGAUGACCCCUAUUUCAACUUCACGCCCAAGUGGAAACGCUAUGGCUCGUGCUGCAUCAAGCUCAAAAAGGAGUACAUACAGGGAUGGGGUGACGUCGGCGACUUUGCCGUCGUUGGUGCGUCUUACAAUGCUGCGAAGGCCAAAACAUACAACAUUCCGAAGUUGAGAUAUACCGAGUUCUUCAUUGGCUGCUUGGAGAAUCGAGACGAGGCACGAGCCUGCGCGGAAAGGCCGCGAUAUAUGGUGACAAAUAUCGUCGAACUCUCCGAAACCCUCAUGAAAACGUUUCGAACCUACUGCAAUCCAGCUGCUGUGCCUUUGGACCAGAACAGCUUCAUUGAAUUGGAUUUCCAGGGUAUCGGCAAUUCGAGGGCUCCUUCAGAAGUUUUCCCCGAUCCUCCGGUGUUCGAUAUGAGGUGCUUCUCAUUCGACAAGGAACCCAAUUCCAACACCUGGAGUAUGAGGUUUCCGACGGUAAGCAAAAUCCACUUUGACAGGUCAUUUUUAGAUGUUAUGACCUUCGAUGAGUUGCAACAGGCGGCAUCCACCGAAAGAGAAGCUCCUGAAUUAGAAGAUAGUCAGCAGCUACGCCUCUGGGUGUCGAAAUUGGAACAAGUAGAUCGCCGAGGAAAGCACGCUGCUAUCGACAGCCAGAGUAGUGUGUCGACGGUCUUGACUACUACCACACAUGCAUCAUCAACGUCAGAGACGAGCAACGGUAACCCUUCCGAUCCUAUAGUUCCCGCUGUUGAUGCAGAAAUCAUCAAUGGCUAUUCAGAUGGCAAAGCUUCUGGCGUGGCAGCACCAGAGCAAUGGAUUGCUACACCUCCUAUGUUAUCUGCAGCGAGGAAGUCCGAUGGCCACUCCGCAGUCACUCCAUCUCUUAAAAAAGCAGAGCGCCGAAAACGACACAGUGAACCCUCAGCGAUCAACAUAAGUCCAAAGAGGAAGAAACGUCGUUCAAGCCAGGAGUCAGGACAGACAACACAGCCUUUGCAGUCUUAUUCUGUCGGAGCUACAUCUUCACCAACCGAGAACAGGGAGCCUCUCGGGGCGAUCAAUGGCAACAGUUCGUCCCAAGACCAGAGACUGGGCCUUGAUAUAUCUGCUCGCUCCCCAGUAGAGCCCGAUGUAUUAUCACCGACGCUGGAGGGAUACUUCCCAACUGUGACGACUUCAUUCCACAUAGCUGGAGGCCAUCAAUCUUCGCCGCCGACAUGCACGCCAAUACGGGAGAAUACGCACAGGGUAACGCAAAGUAAGCCAAACAUUAUCCGAGAGCCGCAACCAUCCACAGGCUGCGGGCAUAGCAAAGUCGAAACGAAAUGUGCAUUCGAUGAUCACAGCUUCCUGGUGUCACCCUGCAUCAGUCAGUACGCGUGGAUAGCCGAUCUUCUACAAAGCCAUGGUGUCCUCAGUUUUGUCGUCGACCCAUCGUCGUGGGCGCACCAGCCAUCCUCCGAGCCUUCAUCUCCCGCGCUUGAGGCCGGUACGAUGACCCCGGUUGCAGGAACUUCGAGAAGCACGAGGAAGUCCCGGAUUCGGAAGGUCUGUCUCGUUGAAGUGAGACGGCCAGCGGCGACGAAGGACUUCCUUCAGCGGAUUGAGGCGGCCGGGUUGAAGCGCAGAAACGGACAGCGCGAGUGGAUCCCGGUGUAUGACUGGAGGAUAUUGGAGGAUUUCACAAGUAUUGAGUCGGGUGUGGCGCACAAGGGGUUAGAUCCGUGGCGACAUCGCUACGUUGGAAUCGCAUAA